UUGUGAACGGUCGUGCUCCGGUCGCAUGAGUAAGCAAGAUAUAGUGAAAAUAAAAAACCGAGAAGAAAAUUGUAAGAACCUACAGAUUGUGCCCAAGUCCAUAUAGGCUCUGUUCGUAUUUUCAAUUGAGGCAGUGCAGGCUAUAGGAACUGCCAUAAAUACCUUAUGUGAAAUAUAUAACUUAGUUAAUGUUGACAUCAAUUCAGCUUUGGCAAACAAAUUUAUAAUACUUACCGAAAAGCCUUGUUUAAAACCGAGUGGUACACAUUUUGGAUUACGGUCUUCCUUUUAUCGGUAUUGGAUUAACGUUGUUGCGACUAUGGCGACUAUCAACCCAGAAAAACUAUACAUGCAACUAAACGCAUCGGAAUUAGCGGCAAUUAUUAUGAAAGGUUCACCCAAUUCCAACGACCGUGAUGCGGGCUUUUGUUCCGCCAGUUCGGAAAGCGAAGGCGGAGACGAUCUGGCCAAUGACCACACGCGCAGUGGCAGUCCCGACAUCGGAACACAAGGAACACACGACUCGGCGGACUUUAGACCAAUACCUCUUGUCCGCAACAAACGCAAGAGCACGGAGCCCUCCAAAGUUGUGGAUUCUUCGACAUCCGCGGCAAGCUCGAUGCUUGGUCCUCCAUCUAGUGCGAGUAUGCAUGCUACUGGCCCGCUCAAAAAACGUAUACGCUACACGUCGUCUGCCGAUUCAGCGGUAAUGCUGACACCUCCUGCCAUAGACUCCCCACCACCCAACAGUUGUUUGCCUGCUACGCCGAGCUUGGAGUACGAAAUGAUGCCAAACCCGGCCCACAUAUUUGUCAGGCAUCCGGGAGUUACCACUCUGCACCGACCGUUGGCUGAUCAUCCGGAACAGCUAGAACCACUUGCCCUUGUAUCCAAGAAAACUCAACGCGUCCAAAAUGCGGCACAAAAGACGGAUAUUUGCUCUAACCUCCUAAGUGAAAAAGCAGCAAGUUCUAAAAAACCGCUAAAAAAGGCGCCAAAGCUAUCAACUGCAUCAACAUUGCUGGACGCUAUUCCAAACGAAGACGAGCCGAGCAGGGCGGGCUUGGGGUCUGACAUGUCUUCCUCCCGGUCCCACCAGCACCAACGCAACUACAAGAACAUGACCAGGGAGCGCCGCAUCGAGGCAAACGCUCGUGAGCGGACCCGUGUCCACACUAUAUCUGCCGCCUACGAGACGCUCCGCCAAGCCGUUCCAGCUUACGCGAGCACUCAAAAACUAUCCAAGCUCUCCGUGCUGCGGGUGGCCUGCUCGUACAUACUGACGCUGAGCAGGAUGGCUGGCGAGGACUACAGCGCUGAUCAGUCGGAGCCCUCCAUUGCUGAGUGCUUGGAGGCCGUAACUUCGACCAUUCAAACUGAGGGGAAAGUGAAGCGGAAGAAAGACGAGUGAACUGUCUAACUUGGUCGAUUAGGACGCGUUUUAAGACUUAAUGCGACUGAUUACUGAUAACCCAUUACUGAUUACUGCUACUACUUCUUAUAACAAAGUGUGCUCGAACUUAGGCCUAUCCUUCAUUCAGCAUUCCUACCUAAACGCCCUGAGUCUUAAAAAUAAUUGGGGUCACAAGUGGCCAAAUAGCUUUAAAAGUUUUCCAGGCUCUGUCAGGUUAGACAACCCAUAUAAGUUUAAGUAGACGGAAAACUAACCUUUUUGGGUAUGCAUGCAUACAAAUUGUUCAUAUUCAUAUUUUUAGAGUAAUAUACCAGCGAUGUGAUCCUAAUUUUAAAUCGCUUUUUACUGAAACGUGUUAUGCAGUACAAAUAUUAAGCACCAACAAAAUAAAAAGACAAUAAGCGUUUUUAUUAAACCUUAAAAAUUAUAAAUACAUAUAUACAUCUACAAUGUUUUAUCAAGAUUUUGUUUUAAACAGAAUUCUUGUUUAAAUAUAUAAGCUUUUAACCAGGAAAUGAAUAUAAAAUUAUCUUUGAAAAAACUUCACUAUACUUUUUUGACAUUUAUAAUUAAAUGUGCAUUAAUAAAAACAUUUACCCGUACCUCUUAACCAUAAACCCUAUACAAUUUGUUAAUAAGCAAUAAUGUGAGAAGUUAUACAGUUUUUAUUCUUCUAUCAAGAAGAUAAUGCAUAUGAAAAAUUAAAGAUUUUAGCAGUUAAAUUCUUUAAAAUCUAACUUAGGCUUCGUUUAAGACUACCUUCUGAACCAAAUUGAAAGCAAGAAAAAAUUUAGUCUGUGUGUAUAACUAUAGUCUUUUACUCCAAAACUGUAAUCUCAUUGUUUUACACGUAAGUGCCAUAAAAGCAGAAAAUAUACAAA